CCAAUCAGAAUCACAUCAAGCCGUUGAUAAGUUUAUUUUUGCUAAGAAACUUAUGGAAAAAACUUAUAGUCCGCAAGAAAAUGAUAAGAAACGAUGAUUGCGCUAGUUGCCAAAAUAAUUAACUUCUUCGCAUUGACUGUUCGAAGUGUUUUACUUGGAGCUUCAUUCGUCGGACAUGUAAUAUUUCUUGCAGUUGCAGGCGUCUGUACGGCACUGGUAAACUUUGUAGAUAAUGUUCGAACGUUUAUUCAGAUAGUUUAUGAAGACAACUUACCGAUCUUCAACGAGGACAUACCCAACUUCACUAAUGAUGUUAUCGACACGGUCGUCAGCCAAGUGGUGUUCGUCUGGAGCGGUGUGACGAAGGUUUACAGCGACAUAUUUCUCAAAUUCAGUGCCAUCGUAGUCUCCAUCAAGUGGUUAAUAGACUCAGUGUUUCUGGUGAUUUCUGAAGUGUUAUAUAUUAUAAAAAGUGCUGUGAUAUGUUUAGGGGAUUCACUAUGGCUCAUAGUUACAUUUAUUCCUGUUCAGCUGCCCCAGCUGGUGAAGCAGUUGCUGAGGUAUUUAACAGAAAUAGCCAUAGAUGGCAUUGUAAGUGCAUACAUGACAUUGUUGGAGUUUACCAACUUCCUGACUGAUGUGCCGCUGGAGUCAUUUAUGGGUAUAAUCAGUGCUAUUGUUAUUGUGCGUUUGUGCAUACAUUUUAGAGAAGAUAUUCAAACUAGGUUUACAUCACUUUAUUGGUCUGUGGUAAGAAACAGUAUGUACUUGUAUCAUCUGUUUUAUAAUUAUUUUACUGACUCAGAGGUGAGGGUGAUAACUAGUUUAGUGGGUGGUAGGGAGGCCCGUGUGAGGGAGGCGGAAGCCAUCGUGAGAGCAGCCAAUGAUGCUGCGGAUGCCGCUGAUGCACUUUGCGUCAUUUGCCAAGAACGGCAAAAAUGUGUUCUGAUACUGCCAUGUCGCCACAUCUGCCUGUGUAGCGAGUGUUGUAUGAGACUGUAUGGGUAUCAAAGGACUUGUCCUAUUUGUAGAACUUUCAUUUACCACUCUGUUACUGUGUACUUGUGACAGACAUACUUAACAUUCCUGGCUUGAGGCAUUUUCUCAAUUCCAAUUUAGAUUUACCAAAGAUCAGGCUCACUUAGUGAAGCUGAAAUGUGUCCACUGACUUGAUCUUCAAGGAAGGUCUCAUUGACGUGACUUUCAAAUAAAAGAUAGUGAGUUACAAAUUGUUCAAUUUACUUAAUGAAGAUCUGGAUCUUCUAAUUUGUUUUGUACAAAAUUGUUCUUAUACAGCUACUGUAAUAACUUUCUGCAUAGUUGUGUUAAAUUUUACAAGAAAUCUGAAAUGUUGUUUGUUGUUUGAAAGAAUGGAUACAUCCAUUGUGUUCUUGACAAUUGUGUAUUGUUUUAAUUUUUAUGAUGGCACUAUACCUAUUUAGUUGUGUUAUUUGAACACUUUGUUUCCAAAUUUUCUUGUUUAUAGCAUUUAUAAGGACACACUAAGUAAUAACUAUAUAAAUACAGCUAAGUGAAGUGCACUCAUAAGUAGCAAUCUCAAGAUAAGAAACAUCUGCAUAAAUAUAAUAUAUAUGUUAUGAUUACUUACUUUAAUUAUAAGUGAAAAUUACAAAAACAAACAAAUAAUCUUUGGUUUUGAUAUUACUAAACAUUUAAUUCUUAUUACUUGCUGUUUUUGUAGGUCAGUGACCAAUACUUGCAAAUGCAAUAAUAAAUUUUUAUAUUCAUA